AACCCACCACUUAUUUUCUGUCGAAAUAUCUUCCUGAUCCUGUCUCAUCUCUGUUCUCCCCAUUUCACAACCCACAAUAAAAACAACCAAACAAAAAAAAAACAACGAAAAAAUAAACCCUAGAACGGGAGAGAGAUUUCAUAUCCCCACAAAUCUCUUCCUUCUCUCUCCUCCAUUUCCUCUCCCUCUCUCUCUCUGUCCGUCCCCAACUUCCAACCUUUCUUCAAUUCCGAUUCCAGCUACCUCCUCCGUGCCCUCAAUUUCUCCGAUCAAGAUCUGGUGGUGUAUAUGGUUUUGAUACCCAAUCGCAUUUCCAAGGAAUGCAGCAAGAUUCACCGAAAGCCGAAUCGAUCCAGAUUCGCGAGGUGUGGAACGAAAAUCUGGAGCAAGAGUUCGCCUUGAUCCGUGAAAUCGUCGAUGACUACCCUUACAUCGCCAUGGACACCGAGUUCCCCGGAAUCGUUCUCCGCCCGGUGGGGAAUUUCAAGAACAGCCAUGAUUACCAUUACCAAACCCUAAAGGACAACGUCGACAUGCUCAAGCUUAUCCAACUCGGCUUAACGUUCUCCGACGAGGAGGGUAACCUCCCCUCCUGCGACGGCUCCUCCUGCAUCUGGCAGUUCAACUUUCGCGAGUUCAAUGUCAAUGAGGACGUCUUCGCGAAUGACUCGAUCGAGCUAUUGCGGCAGAGUGGGAUUGAUUUCAGCAAGAAUAACGAGAUGGGCAUCGACGCCCGACGAUUCGGGGAGCUUUUGAUGUCGUCGGGGAUUGUGUUGAAUGAUAAUAUCCACUGGGUUACGUUUCAUAGUGGGUAUGAUUUUGGGUAUUUGUUGAAGUUAUUGACUUGUCAGGACCUGCCUGAUACUCAGGUAGGGUUCUUUAACAUGAUCAACAUGUACUUCCCUACAUUGUAUGACAUCAAGCAUCUCAUGAAGUUUUGCAACAGUCUUCAUGGUGGGUUGAACAAGCUUGCAGAGUUGUUGGAGGUGGAGAGGGUUGGGAUUAGUCAUCAGGCUGGUUCUGAUAGCUUGCUCACUUCUUGUACAUUCAGGAAAUUGAAAGAGAAUUUCUUUAGUGGCUCUUUGGAAAAAUAUGCUGGUAUCUUGUAUGGAUUAGGUUGUGAGAAUGGACAUGGUUCUCAUUGACUGAGAGAGACAAAAAAACAAAAUAAAAAAAAUGAAAUUAGAGAAAAAAAAAUUGUUGAAAAAAAAAAGUGGUAGAUCUCUAUUUAUUUGAGCUGCUGUAUACCUGGUGAAUACCAACUUGUUCUGUGUAAUUGUAAACUUUUGGCAUAUUUAAGUGUCUUGGUUUAUCAAUACUCUUUGUUACAUUGUGCCUAA